AUGGCGGUCACUACCAAGCGCUGGCCCUACGGGGCCCAGCCGGUAUGUGCUGCACCCGAUGCCAUGGACGACAACGUGUUUCAGCACUCUCCCCUCUCCGAGCUCUACGAGGUGCCGGACGAGACCGAGGACUGGACCGUGCUCAUGCAGCAGGACAUGCUCAUCACCGGCGCUUUCGAGAUGGCCGGCUUCGAUUACUCCGCCACGGAGACCAACUACCAAACCACCGACUCCCCCCAGGACAUCUUCAACGAUCCCGCCGUGCAGUACGACAUCGAGCAGAGCCUCCAAACCGCUACCUUUGACUUCAACGGCCCACUGCCCGACCUGUCCACCUCCGGCUACCUGUCCGGCACCGACCAGGUCUCCUCUUACUUCGGAAGCACAAACACUUCCCCCUUCGAGCCAGCCCUCGACUUCUUCCCCGAAGCCGAGCCCUCCUUCGCCUUCCCGGCCAGCACCGACGGCUCGCCCCUCGGCACCACCACCACCUCCCCCGGCUCGGACGUCGCCGGCACCAGUGCCGCGACCCACCCGUUCUACUGCACGACUGACGGCUGCACAAAGACCUUCCGCAAGGAAGCCCAGCUGAAGCAGCACCAGCGCGUCCACCGCAAGGCCCUUGUCUGCGGCAUCUGCCGCGCCGAGCGCCGCACCGAGCACAAGUUCGCGCAGGUGCGGGACCUCGAGCGCCACCUGCAGGCGCGGCACAAGGACGUCGCCGAGAAGACCAACGUGCGCUCCGAGAUCCGCCAGUGCCCCCACCCGGGCUGCGAGCACGAGGGGCGGAGGGACAACGUGUCAAGGCACCACAAGAGUAAGCAUGGUAAGGAGCUGAAGUGGAAGAGGGGCGUUCCUCACGUGGUGGGUUGA